GCCGUGUUCGCGGGAGGAUGCUUUUGGUGCAUGACGGCGCCGUUCGAGACGCUCGACGGCGUGCGCGCGGUGACGAGCGGGUUCAUCGGUGGCGACGUGGCGCGUCCUCGAUAUCGCGACGUGGGAUCGGGAAAGACUGGUCACGUCGAAAGCGUGAGAGUGGUGUACGACGCGGCGAAGACGAGUUAUGAAAAGUUGUUGAGCGUUUACUGGCGUCAAAUAGACGCGACGAGAGACGACGGGCAGUUCGUGGACGCGGGCAAACAAUAUCGCCCGGUUAUCUGGGCGAUGGACGACGCGCAGAAGCGGGCGGCGGAGAAGUCAAAGGAAGAGCUCGAACGGGCGAACGUGUUCGGGGCGCCGAUUAAAGUUGAAGUCGUGGACGCGAGCGGGAUGACUUUUUGGCCGGCGGAGCGAUACCAUCAAGAUUAUUAUUUGAAGAACCCGAAUAGAUAUCGGUUCUAUCGCGCGGUGUCCGGGCGAGACGAGUACAUCGCAUCGGUUUGGGGC